AUGUCAAGAGAGACAAUAAAAGACAUAACAGUAGACAUAAAGUACAAAUGUCCAGAUGGAGAAAGAGGAAGUCUACAAGGGGAAUGUAAGUGUGUCGGAUACUUUAUUGCUUCUCUAUCAAAUUUAUACACUCCCCCUGGGGAUCCGCAUUACAAAGAAUGUCAUCACAAGGGUAAUAUACGAAAUGUCAUUACUCUGAAAUAUGGUGGACAAGAGCUUAAAAAUACAGAUGGAUAUGAACUUGUAAAAAACAAGACGAUCACUGAGAUAUGUACCUACUACAGUUAUAAGUAUGACGAUGGCCCACACAUAAUAAAGAAACCCCUUCUACUUCGAAUCAGGAACAAUGGAGGAACCUACUGGUAUGGAAAUCUGGGUAAUGAUAACCUGACGUGGAAGGAGAUCGAUCAUGGGGAGAAAACGUUUUAUCCAGAUGGCAUCAAAAAUGACGAUGUGCUUAAGAAAGAACUUGACAGGCUCACCUGCCAACUCCACAAACUUCACUUCGUCGAUAUUUUUAACACUGAUAAUCAUACCCCUAAUUACCAUUGUCCUGUCUGUAAAGAAUACAAGGUCACAGUUAGUUCUGAGGCGAUAACUGAUUUUUCCGGAUAUACAAAAUAUAAGCAUGAAUACGAAAUUAAGCCAGACUCCGUUAGGUACAAAGACGUUGUUCUCAAAUUGAAAGAUGAAGGAGAUAAUGAUGACAGCUAUGGCCCGAUUCCACUUAGCGAAGACAUUAAAAAUCUCUCCGUCUACUACUGGAAUAUGGAUCUGCAACGAACCAAGCCUCUUUUAAUGGAGGCAUAUACCGUAGUGAUCUUCGGAAACAGCCUGAUACCUCUAGGUAAUGAUGGAAAUGUAAGUUAUAACGACAAUACAAAGUGGAGCAUGAUGAAAUCUGAAGAUGGUGAUUAUUUGCUAGAACUACCUCAAGAUAAACUUAAGGAAAAGCUUCAAGAACAAAAAUGCAAACUUUUUAAUCCUGUUACAAUAGAUGUUUCUCAGAAUGAGCCUAAAUAUACUAAUGAGUACUGUAUAAAGGAAGGAUGUACUAAUGACGGAUGUCCUAGGACCAUAGAAGUUACCAACUACAAUGAUCCUCAAUAUGAAGACCUCAGAUCGUGUGGGUAUACCGCUAAGAAGCACACCUAUAGAGGAAAUAAGCCCUUUACCAUAACUAGUUUCAUUAAUGGUUCUUCAGAAGGUAACAGUUCGGAGAAACUUACACUAUGGAAUGUUCAAGAGGUAGUAGUUUUCUUGCCCCCUUGUCCUAAACCUGAUGACAAAGCUGCCGAAACUCCUCUUAUACUCCGUAUUAGUAGUGGGAAUGGAUAUGCCUAUAGGUGGUCUAGUAACUAUUGCACAAAGAGUGGUAAGUUUGAUUUGGAGGAGGGUAAACCAGAAAGUAAGGUUCCAAGGGUAGUUGAAAAUCUUAUUAAAGUUAGUGAGACCGCUAAACAACCAGGACCAGAACUACAUCCUAAAGAAGAGGGUGGAGAACUAAAACAAGACCUUGAUGAAGAAGAACCAGAAGUUGUUACUUCUGCUCUUGUUGCUAGUGGUCCUGGUAAACUUGAAGAUGGAGUUGGUGAAAUACCAGGUACUGGUCCAGAAGAUAUUCAACUGCCUCCUUCUGUCGAACCAGUUCCUACUUCUGGUACUCCUGCUAGUGAUCAAGGUGGAGCUAGAGUAGACACUGUAGAACUAUUGAAAGAGGUCGGAAAGGAUAUAGGUCAUGUGCUAGGUGAAUCCGUUGUAGCUGGAUUGGCUGGUGCUGUAGAUGUUACUGCUUUGCUGGCUAAGGAGUUAAAGGAGGCUCUUUGGCAUAUACCUGCUCCCGUUGUUGCUGAAGCUGCUGGUCUUGUUGGCAAGGUUCUUAAAAUUGCUGCUCCUCCUGAACCUGUUACUCAAUCUGCUCCUGUUCCUACUUCCCCUGGUCCUAUAGUUGGUUUUAGGGGUACUUCUCUCAAAUCUAUGGGUGGUUCUAUUCCUCUCCCCGGACAACAAGGCGAAUACGGCCCACUCUUAUCUCUUACUACUGCUACUCUUCCAGUAAAGGGUAGUGGUGAUCCUUUAUCCUUACCCGGAGCAGAGGGUGGCUCUAGGGACACUAUUGUUCCUGAGGUUAUAGGUGGUUAUGGACUAGGUCCUGGACCUAUAGGUGGUUCUACUCCUGUUACUAGUCUGUCAAUUAGUGGUGUUGCUGGCCCUCCCGACAGUAAGCCUACUUCUGCCUUCUCUCCUCCUUCUCUUGAAGAAUUUCCUGCUCUUAAACAAGCUAAAGCUACUGAAGCUCAAGCUGCUGCUAUGAAAGUCCCAGACUCUACUCUUGGAACUCCUGGUCCUGGCUCUCCUCAAGACUUUCCUGGUAGUCCUGGUGGAGGUGGAGGACAACUCCCUCCUGCUACUACUACUGAAGCUCUUGAACGAAAAGCUCCUGCUCCUAGUCUACCUGCUGAUCCUGCUCAAGCUGCUUCUCAAGAAUCUGAUCCACCUCCUGAUCCUGAAUCUCCUCAACCUCUUGUUGGUAUUCUUACUACUGGCUCCGCAUUAGCUGGAUACGCCUUCUCAGGUACUCUUGCCGGAGCUGGCGCAACCUUUUUUGGAGGAUGGAAACUUUAUAAUCGCUAUAAAGGAGACCCUUGGCUUUGUGUAAUAGUAUCGGAUAUAUUUAUUAAGCAAUUUAAACGGGAUACUUGGCGCAAACGCCUUCUUUAUCUAUUCGCAAAGGCCAAGGAUCCGAACUGGAUAGUCUUAUUUUUCGUCCUGAGGGGAUCAUUUCAAAAUGCGCCAUCACCGCUAAAGAUUUCAGUAAUGCUCCAGUUUACAGAGCUAAAAUCUGCAGGGUAUUGGCUUUCGUCGGAAUAUCUCACACGCAUAAUCAUGGCCAUCACUACCGUUGCAGGAGGACAAAUUUUUGAAAGCUACGGUUAUCACACCUGCUUCGCUCUCACUGGGUGCUUCUACCUGGCUUCGUUGGCAAUUUUAUUACCGUGUUUGAUAAUUUUCCCGGACCUUUAA